AUGUCAAAUUCAAAUGAAAGUCGUGUUUAUUCUCUAUCAUCGUCAUGUCAUCAUCGUUCACCAUCAGCGUCUUCAGGAAGUAAAAAAUCGCAUAAACGACCUCGUCGAAAUUCAUUUUCAUCUUCACCUACUCAUCGUUCACCAUCAGUGUCUUCAAAACGUGAAAAAUCAUGUAAACGAUCUCGUCGAAGUUCAUCUUCAUCUUGUCAUCGUUCAUCAUCAGAGUUUCCAAGACGUAAAAGAUCAUAUGAACGAAUUCGUCGAGAUUCAAUAUCUUCUCCAUCUCAAGCAAAAUCUAUUAAACUGCCACCUACCGAUGGUCUUUAUGAACCACCUGCUAAAUUUCGUUUUGUACAAAUAAAUGAUCAACUUAAUAAAAUGAAUGCAUCAAAUUUACCAAUAAUUAUCAGUGAAUUAUUUCAAUAUAAUAUUGUUCGUGGGCGUGGUUUACUUGUUCGUGCUGUCAUUGAAGCACAAAUAGAAUCACCAUUUAAUACGCCAAUGUAUGCAGCAUUAGUUUCCGUGAUCAAUUCAAAAAUUCCACGGAUUGGUGAAUUGGUCGUCAAACGUCUAAUACCAUCAUUUCAUCAAUCAUAUUUACAAAAUGAUAAAAGCAGUUGUUUAGCAACAAGAAUAUUUAUUGCACACCUUAUCAAUCAGAAUGUGCUACUUGACAUAUUUGCAAUUGAAAUGCUUGCUCAUUUACUGAAAAAUCAUUCAGAUGAUAGUGUUGAAUUAGCCAUUGAAUUUAUAAAAGAAUGUGAACAAAAACUAUCUCAAGUUUAUCCACGCAUAUUAGAUUCGUAUUUUUCAACAUUAAGAGAUUUACUUCAUGAAUCAUCAUUAGAUACACGUAUACUAAAUAUGAUUGAACUUUUAUUUGCUAUACGAAUAGAUCAAUUUAAAGCAAAUCCAUCUAUACCAUUCGGUCUUGAUUUAGUUGAUGAAGAUGAUCAAUAUAAACAUUCGAUUUUAUUAAAUGAUCCAUGUGAGCCUGGACCAAUGCUUGAUAUGUUUCAAUAUGAUGAACAAUAUCAAGAAAAUGAAGAAAAAUACAAGCAAAGUCAAAGAAUUCUGGAUGAAACUAAUGUUAAUGAAGAUGAAUCAAGAUUCAGUUCAUCAACUGAUGAAGAAGAAAGACAGGAUAAUCGAAUAGAAAAUGAAAAUCAACAAUCAAUCAUCGACCAAACAAGAAGAAAUGUACUAAAACGUACUCGUAGAAUGUUUCUAACAAUUGAGUUACAUUAUAGUGCUGACAAAUGUACACAUAAACUACUUAAAAUGAAUGCGUCUACUGGACGAGAAGUACUUCGUUGUAUUCGUUUAACCGAAGAAGAUACAACGUCAUCAUCGGUUGUUUACAUCAAAUACUUAUUUUUGCAAUUAGUAAAAUCUCUUGGUGGUCUCAUCGAACUUAUUAAUCGUUUAACUAAUCCGUAAGCUAUCGAUAGACUAGAAAAUAGAAGUUAAUUUGUUGCUAUCUGUUGUAGAACAUUGACAGAAUAUUUUCAAGGCUUUUUUCCUCGUGAUAAUGCAAAAAAUGCUCAGUUUUCAAUAAUUUUUUUUGAAUCAAUUAGUCUUCAUGGGUUAAGGGGACCCCCCCUUUCCCGCGUUUCUAAGAAAUGGCCGAACGAAAAUUUCUGAAACUUGCAGGGUAGAUAGACCUCGAGUAGUAAAGCAAAAGUUGUCAUGGACACAAAUUUGCCAGACGUCAUCUUCAUGGAAUUCCAGAGACCCCAAGGUCAAAAACUUGCAAAAAGUUUUCCCCCCCGCAAAUCCACAGAUUUCAUCCGUUUGAGCUGAAAUUUUUACUGUGGGUAGACGGACCCAAUCGGGGUGGCCGUUUUUUUUUUUUCAAAAAUUCCAAAUACUUCAGGCUGGAGAACCAAAAUACUGAGCACUUAGCAAAAUCUCUAGAUUUUUUGGAUCUUAAAAAUUUUGCGAAGCCUGCCAAACUUGAUUGGUAGAAGGUAUCCAAAAAAAAAAGGCCAACCCAAAUCACUUGAAGCCUCACCAAAAAAAUUUUCAGUCGGAUCGGACUUCAAAUGGCGGAGAAAAAGGGGGAAAACUGGUUUUUGAUACCCAAAAAACUAGUUUCGAGAAAAAUGCAAAAUAAAAAAAAUUGUAGAAAAAAUUUUUUUUUUCGCUUAUAGUAUAGAUAUACUACGUACAUCAUAAUAUAACUUUAUAUUAAAAAAAAAAAAAAAAAAAUUUUGUCGAAUGUCUCCAGAAAACCUGGUUUUUCAGAGACUUCCCAACCUUGGAUGGUUCUAGUUUUUAUAGCACACCUAAAAGGGACCUUGAUACACCUUUCUAUAAAAAAAAAAUCUAAAAAAAACUUUUAGGCUUGGGAAGGGGGGUCCCCGUAAACUAGAUUAUGAUUGAAAUACCUUAUCAGCUCUGCAAGUCAUUGAUGACUUAUAGUGGGUGAAUCCACGGCAAGCGUACCACUUUAUACAUGACUUUCUCAGAAUUGGCUGAAACUUUCAGCGUUUAUAGAGCUCGAUGAGUUAAUCAUUUUGGUAAUAAAUUGUUGAAGGUUUGAUUAUGGAUUAGAGUUGAAAUGAGCAAAAUACAGUUUUCAAAAAUUCCGGAAAAUCAUGGUCAGAGUGAAAAGUUCUCAUUUUUGCAAGAACAUUUUCUCUUUUAUUUUAAGACCAAAACGAAACAUCCUAUACAUAUUCUAAUAGCCCGCGUUCAGCUCUAUCGAGCCAUAUAUGAAUCGAAACGUUUUUAUUUUUUGAGCAAGACUUUUAAUGGGACCACAAAAAGUUCACUACAAUACAAACUUUCUCUCCUAAUAAAAAAUCAUUUCCGAAUUUGGGUGAAUUGUGGUCUAGUAGGUAGGAAUCUAGCAAGGAAAUAUCAAGGAAUUUUCCUAGACAUCGUCUGUUUUUUUACUGGCACGUCUUGAUGCUAGUUUUUGAAUCGUAACUCAUCCAAAAAAUGCCCUGUCUCAUUGAAUCCUUCUGCACAUAUAGAACUAGUCAAUAGCCCAAUACUAUAGAAAAACAACCUCAAGAAAAGCUUCAUGCUCGGAGACGCACACAUUGCUAUUUGGAGAUGUCAUAUCUACAAUGAAUGAAAUGGCUCGGUAAAUAUUAAAGUACAUGUAGCACGAUCAAAGUAUGGGUGUUGGUGCGGGUGUGGAUUGAUGUAGACAACGAGAGGAGUCACAAAGGCAUACCCUCCCACCCACACCCACACUCAUACCUACAGUCACAACCACACCCUCGGAAAUCGAUCUCAUCGAAGGUAGUUUCAAAUCCCCUAAAAUUCUCAGAAUAUUGUAGGACUGUAGUGAAAAGACUCAGUCCUAUAUUAUGACGAUUUCGGCAGAUAUCUAUAAAACAAGAGUCAAAAGUCGCUCUUUUGGCAACCAAAAAUUCUCUGCCAGGCUUCAUUUUAUAUGUUUUAGCCUGUUUUUGGUUUAAAAGAAUGCAUCAGUCAGUACAGCCUACCAGAACCAUUAUUUUUCUUUCUUAAUUUUAAAGCCAGAACAAGGAUGGUCGAUUCUAUGUGUCGAAAAACUCUAAAAAAAUAACACUGUAAUAAUAAAAGUACCCUUGUAUAUAAAGAUGGCAAAGCUUAUUAAAAAAAGGACUGUGAUAGAUGCACCUACUAGACACAAUCACUGACGCAAAAAAAUGUAUAAGAAUGAAGGUCCACAGAGUAAUCUGGAGUGCCAUCAGAAAUAACUAAUUAGGCAAAAAAAUGAAGAAUAUCUGCCACUUUUCGCAAUUGGCUGGGUGUUUUAAAGAUGGUGGAUUUCAGAGUCACAAAUAUGAUUGCCGACUAUUUUAAACUGCAAAGACCCUCAACAUUAGGAGGAGACACCUGAUUCGAGUUUAUGCCGUCGAAAAACAACUGAAACACUCGAUGGCAAUCAUUCACAAUCAUUGGCAAUCAUUGGCAAUCAGGCAAUCAGCUUUUUCCCCCUUGACCAAAGCUCAAUAGCGGUAGAGUGCCUCGAUCGUAUCGCUCAUGGAUAGUGCUUGAACAUUCAGGGAUACGCUCUCAAGAAAAAUUUUCAGGAUAUAUUCGAACCUCAUGGAUAGACUUUGAGAGCCUUUGUGUACCUCACGAGGGAACCACCCGAAGUGAUUAACCGCUUUGAAGUCGAACUCUAUGCAUAAGACAGAUCCCAAAGAGGUAUGAAAAACUCAAAUAUAACAAGUGCCCAUAGGUCUUUCCUAUAAAGUUAUAGACAUUUUACUGAAAUUUUAGUUUGUAGUACUGUAUGUAUUAAAGAAUCGAAUGAUGAUACUUCGAGCUGAAAUUUCGUUCACAGAUAGAUCUACUAGUAGCUAGAAUAUCCAGAAAAUUUCACGUCAAAAGAAUGUUUCCUCCACAAGUUAUUGAAUUCUCAAAAAUCUUUCAUCGACUACGAAACAUUCGAGAACCUAGUGUUUUUUUGAGAGUUUAAUAGCUUGUGAAGGAAACAUUCUUUUGACGUGAAAUGUUCUGGAUAUUCUAGCUACUAGUAGCUCUAUCUGUGGGCAAAAUUUCGGCUCGAAGUAUCAUUAUUCGAUUCUUUAAUACAUACAGUACUACAGACUAAAAUUUCAGUAAUACGUCUAUAACUGUAUAGGGAAGGCCUAUGGGAACUUGUUCUUUGGGGUUUUUUCAUACCCCUUUGGGGACUGUCUUAUACACAGAGUCCGAAUUCAAAAGCAGUUAAUUACUUUGGGCUAUUUCCUAGUCAGUAGGUAGGAUUUGAGGAUCUCUAGGUACCACAUAGCAUAAGGCUUGAUGGUUUAUAGAUACUGCAUAGGAUAACAUUCGAAGAUGUAUGGAUGCAUCCAUACAGGGGGGUAGCCAGGAGUUUUUGAAUAUUAGACAGUUCUUCAGCCCAAUUAUUUGAAGGAUUGGGCCACCAUGUGGAAUUGAAAAGUCAACUGGGCUAUAGUAUUCCAAACAAGGGGGAAACGGCGGAUUCGGAUUCUUUGGAUUUUUCGGAUUAUUAUGGGAUUAUUGGGAUUAUUGGGAUUAUUAUGGGAUUAUUGGGAUUAUUGGGAUUAUUUUGGGAUUAUUGGG